UACGCGAGCUCAACUCGGCGAUCUCUUCCUAUUGUAACCACAUUAUUGCUUCGUAAACACUUUACAAUCUUUCACGUUCAUUGAUGCCGCGCGUGCUAUAGCAGUAGGUAACAAAUAUAAAUGGGCGGGGGGUUAAAGUAAGCACUUAUCAACAGGACUAGUGAAAACUUUUGGAAUUUAUUGUCAGUUCGUGAAUGUUUUAAUCGUGUGAAAGCCUGUCUAUUUUCCCGACCAAUCAAGCGAUAUCGUGGAGAGAGCCAGCCGGCAGCCAUCCAACUGUCACGGAAGUGUGGAAGAAGAGGGAUCCUAAAGCAACUCCCGUUUAGUUAUUUUCUUAUUGAAAACAUAUGAAACCGAACGACUCGGGAGACAGGAGCAGGUUUAAUUGAUAUGACGUUUUGCCUUACCUGAAAGGAUAACACAUAACAGCUAACUUUGACUCUCGCAGCCUUCGAGUAGCGUAUUCGAAGAACCGUGGUCAUGGUGGCUCUCUCAUCGAUUGUAACGCCACUUGCCCGGCAUCUGCAAAGACAUAUCAUCAAGCAAACUAAAGGUCAACGGUUGAUACCCGUGAGAAGAUGCAACCUCACUGCAUGUUCAAGCAAAUAUGUGCUUUCAGCAUUGCAUCCGAUGUGGCAGGGACCACUCGUUGCUCCUGGGGGAAACAGACAAUCUCCUAUCGAUAUUCGGGUGCGAAAGAGCGUCUUUGAUCCGCAUCUCAAGCCGCUGACCCCGGAUUACGACCCCAGGACUUGUUCACAGAUAUGGAACAACGGGUACUCAUUCCUGGUUGAGUACGAUGACACCACCGACAAAUCGACACUUAAAGGGGGUCCUCUGGAGGAUAACUUUCGGCUGUGUCAGUUCCACUUCCAUUGGGGGGAGAGCAACGCAUGGGGCUCUGAGCACACAGUGGACCGCCGCCUCUUCCCUGCUGAGCUCCACAUGGUGCACUGGAACUCUGAUAAGUAUAGCCGGUUUGAGGAGGCGGUGAUGGAGGAGAAUGGACUGGCUGUUAUUGGGGUCUUCCUCAAGAUAGGGAAGAGACACGAGGGACUGCAGAAACUAGUGGAUGUCCUACCUGCUGUCAGACACAAGGACAGUGUUGUUGAGUUCACUAGGUUUGACCCAGCCUGCCUACUGCCCAGUAACAUUGAUGAUUACUGGACGUAUGCAGGGUCACUGACCACGCCUCCUCUGACCGAAGCAGUGACCUGGAUUAUCAUGAAGCAGCACAUCGAAGUCAGCCAUGACCAGCUGGCUGUGUUUCGGAGUCUUCUCUUCACCUCAGCAGAGGAGGAGGUGCAGAAGAGCAUGGUCAACAACUUCCGUGUGCAGCAGUCGCUGCAGGGCCGCACUGUGCGUUCCUCGUUUACUCCCUUCCUGAAGGAGGAGCAACAUGCAAAGGGUCCACACACAGGCCACUGACCUUUACACACAGACUCACUCGGACCCUUCAAACCAAAAUAAUGCAAUACCCUGGGAAGCACAUUUUGGGGCUAACAAAGUCUUACGUUUGACUCUACAGAAGUCAUACUGCUGGCAUCUUCUUUCGAAACGCUUAUGCAUUCAGAAAGCACUCUGAUUUCACUUAGGUGCCAGGGAUUUUAUAAUUCCAAUGUCACCAUCUAAAAGCUUUUUUGUUGACCAUCCUUGGUACUAGACAUCGGUCUCACUGCCUGCUGUCCUGUCAAUAAGUGAAAGGCAUCAUCAACACAUGGCAGGUAUAUUGGUAUAGUCUAUGCUAACAGAUUUUUGAAUCCCCGGGUCUCUUAGGUGAAUCAGUAAUUCUUUUUAAGUUAAUGCUCUGAAUGUUUUUAAGUUGUAAACCUUUUUUAUUCAGUCCUUAUUAACAGUCACACUUGAAAUGCUUCCAGAAAUCAAUGAGGGAUGCUGCUGAAAUACAGGUAACUGUCAAAAUAAUGGAAACAUCAAUUGUCUCAAUAGGGCGUUGGGCCACCACGAGCCAGAACAGCUUCAAUGCACAUGUGUCUGAAAGUCUUGGAGGGAUGCGACACCAUUCUUCUAUGAGAAAUUCCAUCAUUUUCCAACACUUUCGGGCUCCACUCCAGGAUCUCCCAUAAGUGUUUAAUUUGGUUGAGAUCUGGAUACUGAGAUGGCCAUGGCGUAUGGCUUACAUAGUUUUC